UUGUGUUAAAAGCUGUUUCGUUUCUUUCAAGUGCCAAAACAUCAGAAAUGAACAAACUUUACAGAGAAUUCCUUAAAUUAAUUGAACAACUUUCAUAUGGUUUAAAUUCCUACAAACAAAUUAUAACUUAUGCUGAUCAGCUUGCACAGGAUGUUUUGAUUAAUAAAAAUGUUGAAAGACUUGAACAGUUCAAUCUACACUUUCCCUCAUUAUUAUUAACUAUUUUUAAUGCUAGAGAGGCUUGUCAAGUCAAUAGCUUAUAUGCAUUGUAUGACCUUGUUGAACAAAAAUUGUUGAAUAUUGAAGCUAUUCAAACUAUCAUUAUUGGCCUCUUCGACUUUUUGUCAGUAUCAGAAGAAAUUGUUAAACAAUAUCAUAGUUCGGAAAUUAAUGAGGAUGGUAGUAAUGAUGAAGAAGUUGCUCUUUCACUUCAAUGCCCAAUAUAUUUAAAUUAUAAUUGGAAUAGUGCUCAUUCUCUUAUUUUUCGACUUUUUUAUUGUGUUUUUUGCAAAUUGGAGGAUAAUAAAAAUUUUCUUCCACAAGAAUGGAUACGGGAAACGUUUUUACCUAAACUUUGUUUUUAUUUUGGAGAUUCUAUUUUAUUACAGAAAACGUCAAAAUGUCGCGUUGAUUUUGUCACUUUACUUGCUCCAGCAGCUAAAUUGCUUGGAACAGAAUCUUCAGAAGAAUUAUUACUUCCAGCAUUUCAACGUUAUAUGAGUGAUUCGUCUGAUGUUCAAAAUGCUCUUUUAUCUCAAUUAUUUACUUUUUGCAAGGUACUUUCUCCAAAAAGCCGUGAAAUUGUUUUACGCGAUUUAAGUCAACUCUUUUCUAUUGACAUGGAUGCUCGUUGUUGGCGUCAACGCGCUGUUCAAUUAGAUUUACUUGUUGGUAUACUUCCUAUGGAGCUUGUAAAUAAAUAUUUGUGUGCAUAUGCUUUGACUUUUUCUGCUGACAAAAUAUCCCAAGUACGAACAAAUGGAAUUAAAAUGUUAUCAAACGUCCUGAGUACUUUUAUUCAAGUUGAAUGGAGGGAUCAAAAAGAUUUAUGGAGAAGACGUACAGAGCAUAUGUCUGAUGCCAUUCCUGUUACUUCUUCUGAUGCUUCUAUGCUUACCGAUGAAGAACCAAUUAAUCUUCCAUUGACUUUUGAAUUAUUAGCAGAAAUUAGAUCAGGAUUUUGGCGUACACGAAGUUGGAGGCGUAGACAGAGUUUUGCCAAUCUUCUUUACCUUCUACUUCGCCAUUGUUUACUUACCCCUCUUCAAUUUUAUUAUUUAUUCUUUCAUGAUUUUAUGUGCUUGUCUGAUGACGAUGUAGCCAAUGUUCGUCAAUAUUUUUGUCUUAUUGCUCAAUUAAACCGUUUUGAAGAAUAUGUCGGUUCAAGUGUAAUUAAACGACUUGAACAAAUGUUAGUAGAUGAUAAUGAUUUGGAAGUUAGGCAUUUAUCAAAGAUAGCACUAGGCAAGUUAGAUCCAUUGCUUGAAGGUUUGGAUAUUACUAGGCGCGCUAGAGGACUAGUUACUUAA